CCGCGCGAGGCAGGGAGGGCCGCUCCUGCGGGCGCGCCGCCCCAGUGCUCUGUGGGAUACUGGAAGUCUCCAGCGUCGGCUCCCGGCUCCCAGCCCUCCUCCGGCUCGCACUCAUAGGAAGAGCCACACACCCCCUGCCUCCCCUCUCUUCCCUCUCCGCCUCCCCCUUCCCCCCCUCGCGAUAAGAAGACCCGGCGGCAGGAGAGGGGAUGAAGAUGGCGGACGCGAAGCAGAAGCGGAACGAGCAGCUGAAGCGCUGGAUCGGCUCGGAGACGGACCUCGAGCCUCCCGUGGUGAAGCGCCAGAAGACCAAGGUGAAGUUCGACGAUGGCGCCGUCUUCCUGGCUGCCUGCUCCAGCGGCGACACCGACGAGGUCCUCCAGCUGCUGCACCGCGGCGCCGACAUCAAUUACGCCAAUGUGGACGGACUCACUGCCCUGCACCAGGCCUGCAUUGAUGAUAAUGUUGAUAUGGUGAAGUUUCUGGUAGAAAAUGGAGCAAAUAUUAAUCAGCCUGAUAAUGAAGGUUGGAUACCACUACAUGCAGCUGCUUCCUGUGGAUAUCUGGAUAUUGCAGAAUUUUUGAUUGGGCAGGGAGCACAUGUAGGAGCUGUCAACAGUGAAGGAGAUACACCUUUACAUAUUGCUGAAGAGGAAGCAAUGGAAGAGUUACUUCAAAAUGAAGUUAAUCGACAAGGCGUUGAUAUAGAAGCAGCUCGGAAGGAAGAAGAACGGAUAAUGCUAAGAGAUGCAAGACAAUGGCUAAAUAGUGGUCAUAUAAAUGAUGUACGACAUGCAAAAUCUGGAGGCACAGCACUUCAUGUUGCAGCUGCAAAAGGCUAUACAGAAGUUUUAAAACUUUUAAUACAGGCAGGCUAUGAUGUUAAUAUUAAAGAUUAUGAUGGCUGGACCCCUCUACAUGCUGCAGCUCAUUGGGGAAAAGAAGAAGCCUGUCGAAUUUUGGUGGACAAUCUGUGUGAUAUGGAGAUGGUCAACAAAGUGGGCCAGACAGCCUUCGAUGUAGCAGAUGAAGACAUUUUAGGAUAUUUAGAAGAGUUGCAAAAGAAACAAAAUCUGCUCCAUAGUGAAAAACGGGAGAAGAAAUCUCCACUAAUUGAAUCAACCGCCAAUAUGGACAAUAAUCAGUCACAGAAGACCUUUAAAAACAAAGAGACAUUGAUUAUUGAGCCAGAGAAAAAUGCAUCCCGUAUUGAGUCUCUGGAACAAGAAAAGGCUGAUGAGGAAGAAGAAGGAAAGAAAGAUGAAUCAAGCUGCUCUAGUGAAGAAGAUGAGGAAGAUGAUUCAGAAUCAGAAGCUGAAACAGAUAAGACGAAACCCAUGGCUUCUGUAACUAAUGCCAAUACUUCUAGUACACAAGCAGCUCCCAUAGCUGUUACAACACCUACUGUGUCAUCUGGUCAGGCAACACCUACAUCACCUGUUAAAAAGUUUCCAACCUCGGCUACAAAAGUUUCUCCUAAAGAGGAAGAGAGAAAAGACGAGUCACCUGCAUCAUGGAGGUUAGGGCUUAGAAAAACUGGCAGCUAUGGUGCACUGGCAGAAAUCACAGCAUCUAAAGAGGCCCAGAAAGAAAAAGACACAGCAGGUGUUAUGCGUUCAGCUUCAAGCCCCAGACUUUCCUCUUCUUUGGAUAAUAAAGAAAAGGAGAAAGAUAGUAAAGGAACUCGGCUUGCAUAUGUUGCGCCCACAAUACCAAGACGACUAGCUAGUACAUCUGACAUUGAAGAGAAAGAAAACAGAGACUCUUCAAGCUUGCGAACAAGUAGUUCUUAUACAAGAAGAAAAUGGGAAGAUGAUCUCAAAAAGAAUAGCUCAAUUAAUGAAGGCUCAACUUAUCAUAGAAGUUACUCCUUUGGUAGAAGACAAGAUGAUUUGAUUAGUUCUAGUGUUCCAAGCACCACAUCAACACCAACAGUUACUUCUGCAGCUGGGCUUCAGAAAAGCCUGCUUUCCAGCACAAGCACUACUACAAAGAUUACAACGGGUUCUUCCUCAGCAGGCACACAAAGCAGUACCUCAAAUCGUUUGUGGGCUGAGGAUAGUACUGAAAAAGAAAAGGACAGUGUUCCUACGGCAGUGACCAUUCCUGUUGCUCCAACUGUUGUAAAUGCUGCAGCUUCUACCACAACCCUGACUACAACUACUGCUGGCACUGUCUCCUCCACAUCAGAGGUCAGGGAGAGACGCAGAUCAUACCUCACACCUGUUAGAGAUGAAGAAUCAGAAUCCCAAAGAAAAGCAAGAUCGAGACAAGCAAGACAGUCUAGAAGAUCAACACAGGGGGUGACAUUGACUGAUCUUCAGGAAGCUGAAAAAACAAUCGGAAGAAGUCGUUCUAUCCGAACUAGGGAACAAGAAAAUGAAGAAAAAGAAAAAGAAGAAAAAGAAAAACAGGAUAAAGAGAAACAAGAGGAAAAGAAGGAAUCAGAAACAUCUAGAGAUGAUGACUAUAAACAGAAGUACUCCAGAACAUAUGAUGAGACUUACCAGCGUUACAGACCAGUAUCAACUUCAAGUUCAACCACUCCGUCCUCUUCACUUUCUACUAUGAGCAGUUCACUCUAUGCUUCAAGUCAAAUAAACAGGCCAAAUAGCCUUGUAGGUAUAACUUCUGCUUACUCCAGAGGAUUAACAAAAGAAAAUGAAAGAGAGGGAGAAAAGAGAGAAGAGGAAAAAGAAGGAGAAGAUAAAUCACAAACUAAAUCAAUUAGAGACCGACGGCGACCAAGAGAGAAGAGAAGAUCAACAGGAGUUUCAUUUUGGACACAAGAUAGUGAUGAAAAUGAGCAAGAACAGCAAUCAGAUACAGAAGAGGGAUCCAAUAAGAAAGAAACUCAGACGGAUUCCAUUUCUAGAUAUGAAACCACUUCCACAUCAACUGGUGAUUGGUAUGAUUCCUUGCUGGGUCGCUCUGGAUCAUACAGUUAUUUAGAAGAAAGAAAACCUUACAGUAGCAGGCUAGAAAAGGAUGACUCAACUGAUUUUAAAAAGCUUUAUGAACAAAUACUAACAGAAAAUGAAAAGCUGAAAGCACAGCUACAUGAUACAAAUAUGGAACUGACAGAUCUUAAAUUGCAAUUAGAAAAGGCCACCCAGAGACAAGAAAGAUAUGCUGAUAGGUCACUAUUGGAAAUGGAAAAAAGGGAACGAAGAGCUCUAGAAAGAAGAAUAUCUGAAAUGGAAGAAGAGCUCAAAAUGUUACCAGACCUAAAAGCAGACAACCAGAGGCUAAAAGAUGAAAAUGGGGCCUUGAUCAGAGUUAUAAGCAAACUUUCCAAAUAAAAAAAAAGCAGCAAGUAAUGGAAUUGCACAUAUUAGUAACAUAAUGGACCAUAAUGGACAGUCAGUGGAAGUCUGGAAAGAAUCCGUGGAGUCUGUCUUUUUUGGAUAUCCUGCCAAAUCCAAAUGCCCUCUUAUCUAGGAUUUGUUUUGAUUUUCUGAUUUUUUUUCUUGUAUCAAGACCAUUGUUUCAUGUUAACGUAGCUGCUGAGAAGAUUUUUUUUAAUGACUGAGAAAACUUGUUUACAGCUCCAGCAUAUAAGGAAAGUGUUCAAGGCCAGAUAUGCCUCAGAUAUUUAACCAGUAAGCCUUAGUUGUACAUAAGUAUUUUGUGUCAACAAAAACCUUCAGCUCUCACAGAAGACAGUUAUCCAACUUUUUUUGAUGUGCCACAGUUUCCAGAUUUUUGAUAUUUAAUUUUUUUUGCUUUACAUCUAAGUUUUGGGUUUGUAUUUUUCCUUCUAACUCUUCAUGUGGCAGACCUUUCUGGUUUCACAAUUUUUUUUUUUUCCCCAGAAAAAAAAGCAACACUUGCUUUCCUAAGACCGUUUUCAUGUAUUAGGCUAGUGCUGUAUUGUCUCCCACCUGGAACUGAACUGCUUGGUGGAACAUUUGCUUUCACUGUUCGUGCAAUAUGCAUUUAUUUCUUAUAUGAAUGCUUUAAAGUCAGCUGAGAUUAGAUUCUUUUAAGUCCCAUUUUCUGCCCUCAUUGGACACUUUUUUUGUUUUUGUUUGUUUUUUACUAUUGUAGUAUAUAACAUGUUAGAUUCUGUAAUCUUCACACCAUUUAGCAGGUACUGAGUGAAUGCUGUAUAUAUAAAUAAGUGUACUGUUUUGAUUUUUAGAAGACUACAUGGCAUGCUUGACUAUUAUUUCAAAUGUCUGUUAAUGCAAAGUAGGCUACUCCAUAAUAGUGUUAAAAACAAAAUUUGCUAACAAGGUGAUAUAGACUUUAAAAAUAACACAUUAUGUGGAGUCCUAUCUUUACAAAAGUUUUCUACUGUAAAGUACUUUUAUUUCCGGUUUUCAUUUGAUAGUAUUUAACCAUAAUUAAAGUUGCAUAAGAUGAUUGCUUCACAUUUCACAUACCUAUAUUUAUCUGAGUGCUGUCUAAAACUGUUGUGCUAGCCAAAGUAAUGCUAUGAAAUCAUUUGCAGACUUUAACCCGUGAGUUGAUGUUAAAUGCACUGUUGUUGCCAUGUGGGCAUGGUUGUUGCCAUUGACUUUGAUACCAUCAUCAUGUUCAGAUCAUUUUAUACAUUUCAGUGGCCUUUUAAAAAAAAAAUAGGGAAAAAAAAAAAGAAAAAUCAAGUCCAUAGUGAACACGGCUUUUAUUUGGACAAAAUGCCUUUUAUAUUUUCAUUAAACCAUGCAAAAAAAAUUACAUCUUUCUGGCACAUAACUGUCUCCUUAACCACUGAACAGUUCAGCCAUUUAAAUAAAUUGUACAUUGUAAAGCUUAUAGUAGCUAAUUGUAUUAUUGAUUGUAUUGUAUACUAUAUUAAAUGUGAAUUUGUACCCCUACAUUUUAAAA